AUGGAUAUAGUCAAAUUAAAUCUUAAGUCAGAAAAUGAUAGUUUUCUACUUCAUGAAGUAAAUAGAUUUGUAGCAAAUGCUAGGCAGUGCAUUAUAAUUACUGGAGCAGGUAUAUCAUGUAGUGGAGGAAUUCCCGUAAGAUUUAGAAGUUCAGAUGGUCUUUACAAUAUAAUAAAAAGUCAAUAUCCAGAUGCUUUUCAUUCGGGCAAAGAUUUAUUAGAUGCUCAAUUGCUUAGAACCCAUAAUUCUAUUAAGCAAUUUAAUCUUUUCAUGAGUAUAUUAAAAAAUUUAAUUGUAAAAGCUAGACCCACAGCUACUCAUUCUUUUAUAAAAAAAUUGGCAGAUAUGAAAAAAUUAAAAAGAGUAUAUACACAAAACAUAGAUAAUCUCGAAGAAUUAGCAGGAUUACAUGUUGAUUGGCAAUUUGAAAGAGUUAGCAGCUGCAAAGCGCAAGUAGUUCAAUUAUAUGGAACUUUGUCAAAAUUACGAUGUAAUGCUUGUACAAACAUUUGUCCUUUUACACUGCAAUAUUGUGAUAUUUUCAAGAAUG